CAUCACUGUUUAGUUCCCAUGCAGUGCAUCAAACUGUGAAUGUGUUCUCAGAAAUCCUCUCAGAAUAAAUUUAACUGCACAGUUGCAAUUACGAUGAUUUUGUGGGUGCAUAUUAGACUAUUUGGAUAUCUUGUCCUUAUAACUGGAAUUUAUAAUGUGAAGGCCUGGACUUACCAUUACAACAACGAAAUUGAUAUGGACUGGACAACAGCUCGUCAGUGGUGUCAGAAUCACUUCACUGAUAUAGUGGCCAUUCAAAACCAUGCAGAAGUUGAACACCUCAACCAACUUCUACCUUUCAAUAAAGCAUACUAUUGGAUUGGCAUUAGGAAGAUUGAUGGUUACUGGACGUGGGUUGGGACCAAAAAGCGCUUGGAUCCUGAAGCAGCAAACUGGGCAGAAAAUGAACCAAAUAACAAGGGAUCUGGACAAGACUGUGUAGAGAUCUACAUUAAGAGGGGCAAAGAAACAGCCAAGUGGAAUGAUGAGAGGUGCACCAAAAAGAAAGCAACUGUCUGUUAUUUAGCCUCCUGCUCAAAGGAAUCCUGCAGUGAGCAUGCUGAGUGCGUGGAGAUUAUUGGGAGCUAUGAAUGUCAAUGUCACCCAGGUUUCAUGGGGCCACGCUGUGAGGAAGUUGCACAGUGCUCCCCAAUUGAAAAUCCACCGCAAGGUUUUGUGAAGUGUGAUGGUGUCUUUGGAGCAUUUCAUUUUAACUCGUCAUGCCAGUUCCAGUGUGGCACAGGGUUCAAGCUGGGGGGGCCACAGAGGCUACGCUGCCUGGCGUCAGGGCAUUGGGAUAAUAACACCCUUCCUGUUUGUCAGGCUGUCCAGUGUCUGCCCAUUAUUGAUGCCCCUGGUGGUUGGAGUAUGAACUGCACUCACCCUCUUUCCAUUCAUAGCUUCAACUCCAGUUGUGAGUUCAAGUGUGAGGAGGGAUUUGAGCUCAAGGGCUCAAAUACAACAUGGUGUGACCAGACUGGGCACUGGACUCACAAACUUCCCACUUGCCAAGUGGUGACCUGUAAUGCCAUCUUGGCUCCUGCAAAUGGCCAUCUGACAUGUGCUGAUCCUUUGGGAAAAUUCUCUUUUCGUUCUUCUUGCAAUGUUUCCUGUGAUGAGGGAUACAAAUUUAGAGGAAAAGCUCCACUCACUUGUCUAAGAGAUGGCAAUUGGUCAGCACAAACACCUGCGUGUGAAGUUAUAAAGUGUGACCCAUUGAAGCCCAUGCCACAUGGCUCGCUGCAGUGUUAUGACCCUGUGGAACAGUUUGCUUAUGGCUCCAGUUGCUGGUUAAAAUGUGAUUUUGGUUUUGUCCUCAAUGGUACAAAUUCCACUCACUGUACCAAAGAGGGAAACUGGAGUCACAUCCCUCCUGUUUGCCAAGCUAUACAGUGUCCGUCACUCUCUGAUGCACUAAGUUAUGGAAAUAUGACCUGCACACACCCUCUCUCUACCAACAGCUACAACUCCAGCUGUGAGUUUAAGUGUGAAGAGGGUUUUGUGCUUAAAGGUGCAGAUUCCACGCACUGUGACCAUACUGGGCACUGGACACACAGCACCCCCAUUUGUACAGCUGUGGCUUGUGACCCUCUCGUGACCCCUGCAAAGAGCCACCUGGCAUGUACUGAUCCACUGGGAAAGUUCUCUUUCCGUUCUUCUUGUAAUACUACUUGUGAGGAGGGAUACACUCUGAAAGGAGAAACCACACUCACUUGUUUGAGUGAUGGCAGCUGGUCAGAAUCAACACCUGCAUGCGAAGUUAUAAGAUGUGACGCUCUGGAGUCUGUUCAGCAUGGCUCUCUGCACUGUCAGGACCACCUGGGGAAUUUCAGCUAUGGUUCCUUGUGCUGGCUGGAGUGUGGAGCUGGAUUUACUUUCAAUGGAAGUAAUUCUACUUACUGCACCUCACAAGGGAAAUGGAGCCAUGAAUUUCCUGUUUGUCAAGCACAGCAGUGCAGCCCCUUAAUUAACCCCUCUCAUGGCACUGUAACCUGCACUCAUCCUAAUGGGCAGUUCAGCUUCGGUACAGUGUGUGAAGUGAGCUGUCUGGUGGGCUUCAAACUACAUGGCACACCCCGAAUGGAGUGCUUGGAGAUGGGGAAGUGGACAGACACCCCACCCUUCUGCUCGGCUCAACAGUGCCCCCAUUUGACCGCUCCAGUAAAUGGCUGGGUGAAUUGCUCUCAUCCCCACUCCCUGUUUAGCUACGGCUCACAAUGCUUCCUGGGAUGUGAGACUGGCUUUGAGAUUACAGGAGAGCCAGGCAUGGAGUGCUCUACUUCUGGGAACUGGAAUCAGGAGAUGCCCUCUUGUGCUGCUGUUCGCUGUGAGCCCCUUUCACUCUCUCAUCUUCCUGAGCUGGGACCUCCACCCUCAAUGAAGUGCUCUCACCCCCAUGGAAACUUCAGCUUUGGAUCUCAGUGUAUGUUCCAGUGUGCCGAGAGCCAGGAGCUCAGUGGAACCAGUCGGCUCACCUGCACCUCCAGGGGGUCCUGGACAAACUCUCCACCCAGUUGUAUUGUAAAGGAGAUGUCAGUGAGUGCCGGCAUGCUCAUGUAUGCAGCUGUGGGAGCUACUUCUUCGGCUGGUCUACUUCUACUUGGAGGACUAAUUUUUCUGUUGAUCCGCCAAUUCUCCAAAAAGGAUAAAAAAUUUGAUGAUCCUGUUGCACUCUUGGCACCAUCGUUUUUAAACCAUUAAACUAGUGCUUGCAAACGGUAUACAUAUUUAGCUUUUGUAAGUCACUGUAGCAUUUACUAUUGUAACAAAUUACUCCAGUCGCAACAAGGACCAAUCUAGUCAAUUUCAGGAACAAUUUAGCACUAAAACGUAUUUGUUUCCAAACCUGAAUGACUUUAUUUCUUCUGUGGAACAUACAAGAUACUUAUUGUUCUUUUUGUCCAUACAAUAUAAGACAAUGGUAACGAGCACCAACAUUUCUCAAAAUACAAAUUACAGUUCCAAUUACAUUUGGAACAACAUGAGGGCAAGUAUGACAGAAUUUUCAACUUUAACUGUUAGUUUUAUCUUAACAGUAUCUUAAUAUAAUUUAUUCUUCUCCACUGCAGCUAAUUACAGUCUGACUGACCCUUCAUGGGAAGAGAAUUUGAACCCAACAUUUGAAUUGAGUUAAAAUACAAAUUUAUGUAAAGUAACUGAUAUUUUCCAUCUUGUUUUGUGCUUGCAAUAAAUGAAAACUUGAACUGAA